GUUACUUCGCUCACAGUACCAAAAUCCUGCCCAAAGCCUUAUGUCGUCCUCUUUCUUUCAUUGCUUACUUGCUGAGAUCUUGAAUUAAGUGUACUUACACCAGUACUAUGUCUUUACAACAUGGCAAUACCGCAGUUUCGCAACGUUCAAUCCUGCUCAUACCAUGGGAUCCUGAUUCGACAGCCCAUGUAGAGCGUAUGAGACAGCAGCGGAUAGCAUGCGGGUGGAAAGUUGAGAAGAUUGCGGACUGGCAGAAAUUCCAGCGAGCCGGCAAACUCAUUUUUUACUGGAUAGUCCUGGCAGCCUCGUAUCCGAACAGAGACGCUUUGAUCGGGGGCCACCUGGAAAGGUACCCCGAUGAAGUAGAGCAGCUUCAGGACACUUGUCGGUCUGUACUUGGCAAUGAGCGUACCCCUGACUCAUCGAAAUUCCACCCAGUCGGGCACAUCUGCCUUGACGGAUGUGUUGAGAAUCACGAGAACAACAGGUUAAUGAUAUCCCCCGCCAACGGCAUCUACACGAUCGCUGCAUUCUAUGUCUCAACCGCGCUCCAAGGUACCGGAAUUGGAGGUUUAACGGUGUCGACUCUCGAAAGAAUCGCGGCAGAGCAGUACGGCGCGAAGGUAUUCACUCUCGAUACACUUUCCAAUGAGGACACGGACCCCAACAGCCCUCGUAUGAUCGCUCUUGGUCGUGAAAGACCGAAGGUACCCGUUCUUGACUGGUACGCACGCCGAGGCUAUGUUAUCUAUGAGACGGUGAAGGAUGGAGUUGAAAAUACAGACUCUACAGGGAAGAAGUGGUACUCGACUCUGCUGUAUAUGAAGAAAGAUAUUAGCAAAUGAAGCGCGCAGAGACGAUGCACCAUAGUCACCAUGGCUCAAGACCGAGUUUCAUAUUGGAGCCUGUCUCAUAUUAUCGUACCUCGAUUCAAAGACCCUAAAUUAAGCAUCCUUCUUUUGCCCAUAUUCAUCAUACAUCAAGAAGUGUACCUUGAAAGGGGCUGACCCCACAAGAGUGUACGUGGGAGUCGCGAUCAAACGAUAUCCUUGCGCGAGAUAGAAUGGUAACUAGAGAGAAUACUUCAGCAUAGUUCACCCGUCAAGGUUGUCUGUGGCUUUCACUCACGAUGUACUCAUGAAUUCGGACGUGGAGUGGCCUCCCCGCUUCUCGUG